CUUGGGUUUGAGACUUUGAUGGGACCAAUUAUAAUUCAAUACAAACUAUGGAUUGAGAAUGUCUCGUGGAAAAAUGCCGCCAACCCCGCUGAAGAUAACCCGCCAGUACUCGCCCUUCCUCGCUCUCCUCUGCACAACAGCUGGCUUCUUCCCGGGGCAGUUUGAACUCGUGUGGUAUAAAAAUCUCUCCGAAAUCACGUCUGGCGUCAACAUCAGGAAAAUGCUGAACGAAGAGGGUUUAUUUCACGUUUCCAGCGAGCUCAGUCUUCCGGAGAAGGGGUCAGUCUACACCUGCCAGAUUUCUCACAUCACACUCAGCGUCCCGGCAAACAUCAGCGACAAAAUUCCGAACCACGUUGGCCGAUUCCACACCAUUAACAUCUUCCGUUUGAUUUUGGGGAUCGGAAUGGUGGUGUUGGGGACCGCCUUACUGUGGAUCAUUUAAAGUCACAUACCUAAUGUCAUCAACUGCUCGCAC